AUGCUCUGCGUGAACAUAUCGUGGUCGCACCAGCCCAGGCGACCAAUAGGCGACGCACGCGUGUUUUUCCCGUCCAUUCUACCCGCUCCCGACGCCCCAGUGGUAUUUUCCGCCAACACGUACGUUGGUGGGACAAAGCCUGUGGGGCACUCGGUCACCCGAGUCGAAAUAUUUCUGGACGCGAUUCUCGAAGAGUUUACUCUCCUCGAUGCGAAGACAACGUCUACGCGAGCUGCAAUCGACUCUUCUGACAUCGUGGGCGAUGCCAGGAUUGCGUUUAAUCUCACCGAGCUGAUUGAGGACGGCGACGCAGACAAGAUCCACCAAUACCUGCAACCCACGCAAUCCGGGCUUUGCCGUUGGAUGCGAGUCGCCUGGGAGACAGCUCUUCCAUUUGGCCAGCUCUACAGCACCGUAUUCCACCAUGCCUUUUCGCUGCAGUCCCUCCAAGCCGACUUCGCUGCUCUCGCGGGGUCGUCUACUCUUGAGGAUUACACGACGGACGACAUUGGGGACGAGUGCCGUGUCCAAUGCACCGACACCGACAAAAUCUUCGCACUCGCCGAAGUAGUGCUGGCUUACAUGGCCCCCCUAUUCUACACAAGCGAUGCGGCCCUCAACGCAGCUCUGGCGGGCCCAGUCAUUUCGAUUCACGCUAGAGUGGGCGAUCCCGCAGCAGACACCGCCCUGCACGACCUUGCGAGCGUUUAUGCGGGAUGGACGCGUGAUAUGGACAAGAUGGUCACGCUCGAUCAGUCGUUCUCACUCAACAUCGCGGCAUCCAAACAGCCAAUGGUUGAUCCGUUGACGAACGCCCUCAUCCAUGGAGACCUGGAGGAGCUGUGGACGGACACGGCGACACCUCUGGACAGCUAA